AUCACGGUUUAUAAUAUUCUUUUCAGAACAGGAGACAUUGGUGUGGCGGAGCUCUCUUCUUCUCCAUCGGCGUACGGUGGUCCAACGAUGGCGUUCGCUGCAUCCUUUCCGAUGUCUCACCCUCAAUUUCAACCGUCAAUCUUCACAAACCCAACCACCCGGAAUAUUCCCUCACCGUCAUCCAUCGUCACCGGAAUCAGAACAAAGAGGGUAGUUCCUCAAAGUCAAAGAUGCACCACCACCACCGCCGUAAAGGCCAUGGCCGGCGGCGGACUCUACUCCGCUCAGCAAUUUGAACUUACCCCACAAAACGUCGACACCGUUCUCGAUGACGUCAGACCCUACCUAAUUGCCGACGGUGGAAAUGUUGAUGUUGUUUCUGUUCAGGACGGCGUCGUUUCUCUUAAGCUACAAGGGGCAUGUGAAAGUUGUCCGAGCUCAACAACAACCAUGAAAAUGGGGAUUGAAAGAAUACUUAAAGAGAAAUUUGGAGAUGCUAUUAAGGAUAUUGUUCAAGUUUAUGAUCAACAGCCUGCUGAAACGACUGUCGAGGCGGUGAAUGCACAUCUUGAUAUACUAAGGCCCGCCAUAGCCAACUUUGGUGGAAAUGUGGAGGUAUUAUCAGUAAAAGACGGGGAAUGUGUUGUCAAGUAUACCGGACCUGAGUCUAUCGGGUCGGGAGUCAAAGCAGCAAUCAAAGAAAAGUUUACCGAUGUUGAAAAUGUCGUACUCACAGAGUAACUUGCUUUAGAGCUAAAGAAACUCGGGGAGCAGUACAUUCUACCAAAGUGUUAUAGGAUCGUUACACAUUUUAAUUUGCAAAUACUUGUUAUAAAAUGUAAUAGCUUAUAAAUAUAAAUAAAAUGGGUUCCAAGGGAAUUGUUUGCAUGAAUC